UCACACGCUCUCUCCUGCUCCCUCGCAUCCACAGCCUCUCGAGCUCGAAGCGCCGCAGCAGCACCAGCCCAGCAGCCAUGGACGUGAGCGGAGCCGGAUCCGGCGGGAAGGCGAAGAAGGGCGCGGGCGGGCGGAAGACCGGCGGCGGGCCGAGGAAGAAGUCGGUGACGCGGUCCGUCAAGGCCGGGCUGCAGUUCCCCGUCGGCCGCAUCGGGCGGUACCUGAAGAAGGGGCGGUACGCGCAGCGCGUGGGCACGGGCGCCCCGGUCUACCUCGCCGCCGUCCUCGAGUACCUCGCCGCCGAGGUGCUGGAGCUGGCCGGGAACGCGGCCAGGGACAACAAGAAGACCCGCAUCAUCCCGCGCCACGUGCUCCUGGCCAUCCGCAACGACGAGGAGCUCGGCAAGCUGCUGGCCGGCGUCACCAUCGCCCACGGCGGCGUCCUCCCCAACAUCCACAGUGUGCUCCUGCCCAAGAAGGUCGCCGAGAAGGCCGCGGCCGCGGCCAAGGAGCCCAAGUCGCCCAAGAAGGCCGCCAAGUCCCCCAAGAAGGCAUAGAGGGGCCUCCAUGGAGAUGUUCAGUAGAUCUGUAGUAGGUCUGUAGAUGGCACGGUCUCUGAGCUCUAGUGUCGUCGUUGUUGUUGGAACUGCUUAGAAGGUCUGUGCAUUUUGGUUGGAAGGUGAUUUCAGAAAUCAGAGAGUUUUGUACUUGCAAAAUGUUCUUCGAUUUCAGAAACCAGAUUUACAAUUUGGGUGCAUAAAUCUUCUUGUAGUAGUCUGACAUACAAAGCAGUCACAAAUUGUGUUCAUUUUUGACAGCUAA